GGAGCUGAAGCACUAUGGAGCAGUACACAGCGAACAGUAACAGUUCCACAGAGCAGAUCGUUGUGCAGGCUGGACAGAUUCAGCAGCAGCAGGGUGGUGUCACUGCUGUCCAGUUGCAGACUGAGGCCCAGGUGGCAUCCGCCUCAGGCCAGCAAGUCCAGACCCUCCAGGUAGUCCAGGGUCAACCGCUAAUGGUCCAAGUGAGCGGAGGCCAGCUGAUCACGUCCACGGGCCAGCCCAUCAUGGUGCAGGCUGUGCCCGGGGGUCAGGGCCAGACAAUCAUGCAGGUCCCGGUCUCUGGAACACAGGGACUGCAGCAGAUUCAGUUGGUCCAGCCAGGUCAGAUUCAGAUUCAAGGUGGGCAGGCUGUGCAGGUACAGGGGCAGCAGGGCCAGACCCAGCAGAUCAUUAUACAGCAGCCCCAGACUGCAGUUACUGCUGGCCAGACACAGACCCAGCAACAAAUAGCAGUUCAAGGACAACAGGUAGCACAAGCAGCUGAAGGCCAGACCAUAGUCUAUCAGCCAGUUAAUGCUGAUGGAACCAUUCUCCAACAAGUUACAGUCCCUGUUACAGGCAUGAUCACCAUUCCAGCAGCCAGUUUGGCUGGAGCACAAAUUGUCCAAGCAGGAGCCAACACCAAUACAACCAGUAGUGGACAAGGGACUGUCACAGUGACGCUGCCAGUUGCUGGAAAUGUUGUCAAUUCAGGUGGAAUGGUUAUGAUGGUACCCGGAGCUGGAUCAGUACCAGCUAUCCAGAGAAUACCUUUGCCUGGAGCAGAAAUGCUGGAAGAAGAGCCCCUCUAUGUAAAUGCCAAGCAGUAUCACCGGAUCCUUAAGAGGAGGCAGGCACGUGCUAAGCUUGAAGCAGAGGGAAAAAUUCCCAAAGAAAGAAGGAAAUACUUGCAUGAAUCUCGGCAUCGUCAUGCCAUGGCCAGAAAGCGGGGAGAAGGUGGACGUUUCUUCUCACCAAAGGAAAAAGACAGCCCUCAUAUGCAGGAUCCAACUCAGGCCAAUGAAGAAGCAAUGACACAGAUGAUCAGAGUCUCCUAACCACUGCUUAAAGAAAAAAAAUAACUGACUACCCGUCCCUUCUGCAAGUCUCUCCUACCUUUCCAGUGUAUCAAGCAAGUCUUUCAGUGGGACAAUCGCCAUAUCGCAGCCUAUCCUUUUCUACAGAACAAGUACCACAUUUUCAGUAUGUGGUUGAGAUUUUAACUGCAGUUGACUCAACAAAUAGGAACUUAACAAACUUCUUCAUAUACUCUUCUGAUCCAGCGCAGGGAUUUCAGUGUCUGACUGCUUGUGCUUUUUUUUUUUUCCCUCUCUUUUAAACAUCUCUUGCAUUAAGAUUGGCCAUGGGUGAGAGUGUGCCACUGACUCAGUGAUCAGCAAUAACUCCGACGUGCUGAAGCAGGGCCAGCAAAGACCUCUUGGAGUUACGGCCCUUCUGUACAGAGACAUAAUCCAGUUUAUAGCAACC